AUGCUGCCACCCUCAGAUGAAUUCCCCUGCCAUGACCCAUUCGCAUGCCAGUGCGAUGUCUGCAGCUUAGUCACCAAGCCACAGUUUGCCACAGUGACCCAGCUCCUGCUGAGGAUGUGGUUUAUUGCGCCCACGCCCAUCUCUCAGGUCUGCGCCCACGCCCAUCUCUCAGGUCUGCGCCCACGCCCAGCUCUCAGGUCUGCGCCCACGCCCAUCUCUCAGGUCUGCGCCCACGCCCAUCUCUCAGGUCUGCGCCCACGCCCAUCUCUCAGGUCUGCGCCCACGCCCAUCUCUCAGGUCUGCGCCCACGCCCAUCUCUCAGGUCUGCGCCCAUGCCCAGCUCUCAGGUCUGCACCCACGCCCAUCUCUCAGGUCUGCGCCCACGCCCAGCUCUCAGGUCUGCGCCCAUGCCCAUCUCUCAGGCCUGCGCCCACGCCCAGCUCUCAGGUCUGCGCCCACGCCCAGCUCUCAGGUCUGCGCCCACGCCCAUCUCUCAGGUCUGCGCCCACGCCCAUCUCUCAGGUCUGCGCCCACGCCCAGCUCUCAGGUCUGCGCCCACGCCCAUCUCUCAGGUCUGCGCCCACGCCCAUCUCUCAGGUCUGCGCCCAUGCCCAGCUCUCAGGUGGGAGUGAGACAGACCUCUCCUGCCAGUCAGAGGAUCUCCGGGAGAAGCUGAAGGCCACGUUGGAGUUCUGCCUGUCACGGGAGAAUCUGGCCAACGACAUGUACCUCAUCUCUCAGAUGGACAGCGACCAGUACGUGCCAAUUGUCACUGUGGCCAAUCUCGACCAAAUCAAGAAGCUCAGCACUGAUGUGGAGCUCAUCUCUGACAUUCUAAAGUCUCUGCCUCUGGUCCAGGUGGACAAGUGUGGCGAGAAGGUGAGACCCAACCAAAACCGCUGCAUCGUCAUCCUGAGGGAGGUCCCCGAGGCCACUCCUGUGGAGGAAGUCGAGGCGCUCUUCAAGAGCGACAACUUGCCCAAGUUUAUCAACUGCGAGUUUGCCUACAAUGACAACUGGUUCAUCACCUUUGAGUCGGAGGCAGAUGCGCAACAGGCAUACCAGUACCUUCGAGAAGAAGUGAAAACCUUUCAAGGAAAGCCAGUUAAGGCCCGCAUUAAGGCCAAAGCCAUUGCCAUCAACACAUUUGCGCCAAAGAACGGCUACCGGCCGGUUGAUGUGCCUGCUACCAACCAGCAGCGCUUCCCGUCCUACUACAUGCCCCCCAUCUAUGGAGCGCAGCAACAGUUUCCUCCCCUCUACAGACUGGUGGCCCCCCAGGGCUGGUCUACAACACAAGGUUACUUGGAUCCCAAUAUGCAGGUGGCUCAAUUUCCGAACCCCAGCUUCAUCAAUGGCUUUCCAGGGUCCCCUAACUUUAAGUCGGCCACGUCCCCUCUGAAUAUCAGACAGUACACUCCGAGAAACAGUUUGUCUCCAUUUUCUUUCCUGGGCAGAAACCACAACAAACCCCAUGUUCGAUCAAACACCCUGGGGCUGGACAGAGGUGUGGGCAUCCUAGACAACCCUCCACCCUUCCCCAGUUUCCCUGCGGAUCGCGUGUCCAACGGGGCCCGCGCCCCUCCGCCCCACCACCUGGGCCCCGGCCGCACGCGUCUGCCCUCUGGCCUCCCCCACCCCCGCCGGGAGCAGGUCGGCAGCGGACGCAUGGAGCCCAACGGGGCCAACUCCUCCCCCAGCGCUGGCCGUGGCAGGAAAAAUGUGUACGGCAAUAGAAAGAGAAGGGACGACAAGUUUACACGAUCCUCCACGCAAUCCCCUCCUCCUGCCCCAGAGCGCACCCCCUCGCCCAGUUUUGAGCUGGGCCUGUCCAGCUUCCCGCCCCUCCCUGGUGCCGCAGGCCAGCUGAAGCCUGAGGUGAAGGCAGAGGUCCCCGCCGAGAGCAGACUGUCUGCUAUCGUCACUGGAACCACUAAGACAGAGAAGCCUCUGAGUAAGGAUCUGGUCAGCAGCCGUUCUGUGGCUUUGGCGCCUCCCAAAGAAUUACCCCAACCUGCUGUGGCCCCGCCUGCCCCGGACCAUAAACCGCCCCCAUCUCCAGCCUGCUCCCAAGACACUCCGAAGGCUCCACCAGAGAAGCCCAAAGACAAGCCACUGACUGCAGAUAAGACGCCCGCGCCAGGCCCGUCACUGACCACUCCUGCUCCGCAGACCGCCACAGCAAAGCAGGAGCCACGCAAGCCCAGCUACGCUGAGAUCUGCCAGAGAAUAAGGGAGGGACCGCCCACCCUUCAGCCCCUCCAAGAGGCUCGGCCGGCCUCUGGGGAUGAGAUCAGGGCCCCUGACUCGGGUGAGCCCAAGAGCAAGGAUCCCAAGCCUGCCGCCGGGCGCCCCCGAGAGGCGUGGAGGCCCCAGCCGGAGGGCGGAGAGAGACUCGGAGCUGAGGCCGUAUCCUCCUCCUCCUCCUCCUCUGUGCACCAUACCUGAAGGGGCUCGCCAGCUCCACUCCUGCAAAGACUGGAAAAGAGAGAAGUAGAACUACCCCCCCACCCCCUUCCCCAGUGUGUCAGGGCUGCAACAUUAAUUACCCCACGCACACGCACACACACACACGCAUACAAACACACAUACAAACAUACGCACAGACACACAUACACACACAUACACAUGCACGCAAAUACGGCAAAUCCUCCUUCCUUGUUUCAGACUAUCUCUGCUCUCUCUCUCCCUACUGAUUUCUCACUAGUGACACUUCUCUCUCCUGCCCCCCAUCCCCACCCCCUCUCCCACUCCUGCCCUGCAAUCCCCAUCUCCCUAAGUGCAUACAUGACGGCUUGUCACUGGAAUCAGGGCUUGGAGGCAGAAGCACUUGUGGGUGCAGAGGCAUUUCCUUUCUUUGUGUGUGUGUGUGUGUGUGUGCGUGUGUGUGUGUGUUUACGUUCUCUACUCUUCAUUAACACAAUGAAUUUUUUUUUUUGUUUUGUUCGUUUUUCCUUUUCAAGGACAAUGAUAUUUAAGUACUGGCUAUGUAUGUACUCUGAUUAGUUUGGCAAGAGGCUAAUGCUUUUUAAUGUAGCUACGUGUUGAUGGUAGAAGUGUGGAGGUUGGAUUAGUGCUGAACACUUUUCUUUUUAUACAUCUCUAUAUAAAUAUAUUUUAUAUAAUCUUUUUUAAACCAGGUAUUGUUACAGACAGCCUGGUCUUGAUUUUUCUUUUUUCCUUUUUUUCCCCCCAGACUGUUUUGUCCAACAUUCUCCUUGAAAGCAGGUGUUGUAGCGUGUUCUGCAUGAUAGAAACAUUCUGGAAAAGAAAUCUUCCCUCAGAUUUUUUUUUUUUUUUUUACACCAUUUUACAAAUCAGCACUGGAGAAUUGCUUUCUUUUCUUUUUUUUUUAAGGGAAAAAACCAAUACACCAGCACACAGUAAUACCUUUUGAAUCCUUUGUAUUGGUGUGAUGUAAGUAGCUGGUGAGAAGUAUUCCAUUGUCCUGUGUGUGAUAAUAAUUUUUUCUUUUCUUUUUUUAAAGAUGUAUCUAAUUUUGUUUCUAAUUUUAAUUGAGCGCCUUACUUAGAUUUAAUUUGUAUAUUAUUUUGGUUGUUUUUUUUUUUUUUUCUUUUUUUCCUCCUAUGUGGAAGUCAAAAAGAACUGCACACUGAUGAGUCCUCAGGGGGCUGGGGCUUAGGGCUCAGGUAGGGUAGGGUAGGGUAGAGCAGGGUUUUGCGGGGUGGGAGUUUGGGUGUUAAUGUGCCUAGCCUGUUUUCUGUCUUGUGUUGAAACUGGCAUCUGUUCUCUCUAAGUCUUUUCCUCAUGCUGACGUGGUGCUAAUGGUUGUUUCUUCUGUAAGUUUUGUUUUGUGUUUUUCUCUUUUGUGUGCUGUCAGUUUUUGGGCAGGGAAAAAAAAAAGCCUAGGAAAAGUACCACAGAAAAAAAAAAAAAAUUAAAAAACCUCAUGUCCCACAUUUAACUAGUCUGACUCGAGACCCAACAUUUUUGAAGGAUCCACACAGGACUACAAGGUAUUCCCUCUGACAGAAGCAAAGAAGCUGUGUGCAUAGAGGCGUUCUUCCUUCCCCAUCUUCUGCAUGUUCCCCAUCCUCCUUGUGAGCGCUCCAUUCUUGUGGACCUGGGUCACCCAUCGGUUUUGUUCUUGUUUUCCUUCGUCUUGCGGUCGAGUGUUGGUCUCUUCUCAUUACUGUGUUCCACUUAAACCUUGAAUCGGUAUCAGACCACAAAAAGCCACUGGCCAGGUUCCUAAUAGACGUCUUCCUGUCAAUUAAGGGGGCUCGGGUCUUCCCCUCAUCCAGUGCAUCUCACUUCUGAUAUCUUCCUGCUUUUCCUUCUUAGGGAACAGACACCAAGGUUUGGCCGUUUUUGCCGCGUGACAUGAAUGACACAUUGAUCUGCAAGGCUGACAUUGUGAGCAGGGGGUGGGGAGUGGAGGGUUGAAGCCCUAUUAUGAGAAACGAUACAAAGGUUGAAUUAAGCAACCCCCUUCGCAGUUAUUUUUAAAAUGUGCAGAAAAGGGUAACUAUAUGUAAAAGAAAUUACCAUUUAAAAACUUGAAUUUAUUUAAACUUGAAAGAAGACGUUUGCCUUAACUGUUCAGCUAAUCAUUUGGAGUUUUUUUUUUUUUUUAUUGUGAUUUUGUUUUCUUCUCCCGUUUUCCCCCUUCUUUACCACCCCCCACCCCAAGUGUUUUUGAAAAAAAAAAAAAAUGUUCACAUAGCCUUUGUCACCGUGUCCUGCUCAGUUGUUUUCUUUUCUGUCUUUUUCAAACUCCAAAUAGCAGAGCACACUUGGGAUUUAGUGAAGGAAGAAAUGGAAGAAUCUCAUGUGGCUGUUUAUUCAGUUGUUUGAUUUUCUUUUUUCUUUUUUGUAAAUGCAAAUAGUUGAUACUGUAUUAAAUAUGUGCACUCAGAUGUGUGUACGAUGUCUGUACAGAUGUAAAUAAUUUGAAAAGAAAAAAAAAUAUUAAAGGUACCCUUACAUUGGUUUAAAAGAAAAAAAAAGAUGUAUCAAAAUAAAUGUCAAUGCUGAAUUGGAUGCCA